ACACGAUGACUUCUCCAGAGUUGGUUUUAUAUGUGGCAUGUUUGUUCUUGUGCAAAAUGGCUCAGAUGAAUGUUCUUUCCUCAUCUGUUCGCCAAGAGAGUGGUUUUAUAUCAACUCAUGUUGGCCGAAGUAUAAUUUUGCAAUGUUUCUAUGACGACGGGGUGGUAGCAAGGUAUUACUGGUACAAGCAAACUUUGGGAGAGAAACCGAAGCUCAUCUCUAGCUUCUACACGUAUAAUAAAAAUGGCACUUUUUAUGAUGAAUACGAGAACAAUCCACGCUUCACACUGGACACUGGAACCGGUAAAAAUCAUUUGAGGAUCUCAGAUUUACGCACGUCAGACUCAGCUACUUACUACUGUGCAAGUAGCCAUUCAGUAACAUUUGAAUUUGGGGAAGGAGCUACUGUCAGUGUACAGGGUUCAGGACUGAUCAGUCAAGCUUUGGUCCAUCAGUCCGGAUCUGAGACCAUCCAGCCAGGAGGCUCUGUGACUCUCAGCUGUACAGUACACACUGGGACCUGUGAUGGAGAACACAGUGUUUACUGGUUCAAAGACUCUGAAGAAUCUCAUCCAGGACUCAUUUACACUCAUGGAGACAGGAAUGAUCAGUGUGAGAGGAAACCACAAACACAAACCUGUGUCUACAACUUGCCGAUGGAGAACUUGAACCGUUCUCAUGCUGGGACCUACUACUGUGCUGUUGCCUCAUGUGGACACAUACUGUUUGGAGAUGGGACCGAGCUGGACUUUGAGGAUGAGGGGGAUUCUCUUGUACUGGUGUAUUUCUUGAGCAGCGCCUUGGCAUUCACUACCAUCCUGAGCGUUUUACUGGCUUUCUUUAUGUACACGAUAAGUAAGAGAAACGGCUGCCAUAAUUCAGGAUCUCGUGCAGGAUUUCCAGCUUCUUCCACAAUGAAUGCAGAGAGUUGCAAAGAUGAAGAAAACCUCCAUUAUGCUGCUUUAAACGUAAAGAAGUCCAACAGAUCGAGAAGACUAAGGGGUGACACAGAGGAUGGAUGUGUGUACUCCAGUGUAAAGCGGUGAAGCUUUGUCUCUGUGACAGGGCACGGCUUUAAUUAUGUCGUUUCAAGUGCUUUGCCUUGUUAUGAACUAACUGCAGAAGCUUUUCCAGUGACAAUAUAUGAAGAUUUGAGGUGCACGUGAAAGAUUUUACACUGCAGGCUGCAAAAUGAUGGAUGAAGAUAAAGGUGUUUGCAGCCUUGGAAAAAGGCAAAUAAUGAGUGUAUGUUUAUAAUCAUUAAUGCUGCAAUUGAAUUUGUAAUUGUGUUGAUUACAAGCCGCAAACCUUUUGGCAUGUGCUCACUGGCGUAGUGAUAAAAUCUCUUUAUGGUUUUGUAAAGUUUCGUAAAUGUGUGCGUGUGUUUAUGUGUGUGCGUGCACCCACAAACCUAUAAAUGUAUUUAUAUAUUUCUCUGCUUUCAUGUCUGUGAAACAUUUUGCAAACUUGUUUUUGAAACGUGCCUGAUAAAUAAAGUAAAGAUUAUUAAUAAAAUAAGAUAAGUCAGAGUUAGGAGAAGAAAUCACACAUUGUAUUUCCCAGAAUUUAAAGGCAUGAAGAGGGGAUUUUCAGCGUACGACGACAGCUGCAUUAUUUAUU